CGCGGUCGGGGAGCACCAUCGCGCCUCCUCGCGGGACUCCCUCGAAACUCCACGAAAAUGCAAUAACACUGGCCGAAUAGAAACAAAGACAUUUGACAGUGACAGUUUUAGCAUUCUAAUUUUGAGUUUCGGCGCGAAACGCGAUGCGCUCGGACGAACGCGCGAGCACAGAAUAAAAAUGACAUGACAAUAAAUAUAAAUAAACACUUUAGAAUAAAUUCUAGUUUGGCUAGUUUAGAUUAAAUUAAUAAUUCACGUAAUAUGUAAUGUAUAGUCAAUGUGAACAUAGUGUAAAUAAGUGUUUCGAUUAGUUUAGUGCUCAAUUCAUGUUUCUGGUAAGCUUUUGGUAAUGCGAAGUGAGUGAAUAAGCCUCAAAUCCUGAGCCAAACAACGCGAAACAGCAAUAAAACAACUGUAUAGUAGCCCUCAUUAGUGUAAAGGAGACGGGAGAUCUCUGAAUAUAGCCGGGCUUAAUUUCUUGGCGUGCAGCGACGGACUAAUUAGUGUGUUAGACACAACAUUAGAGCGGCAGAGAAAUAUAGAAAGUCAAGAGUGCAACUGAGACGGCGAGAGCCGGUGGCACACGUCCAAGAUGAAUUUGAUGUUCCGGAAGAACUUCAGCGGAGAGAAGAGCAUGGGCACUAGCGGGGGUGGAGGGAAGGCGAGGGGGGCGCUGGGUGCAGGGAGGAAUGCCAAGCGGCGCGAUCGCGAGCGGUACUCCUUCAUGGAGGAAAACCACUACAAGACGCUGAAGACCCAUCUGUUCCUCUCGGCGGCGCCCCGCUCCAGCGCGCAGUACAACGACGGCUCAGAACGAUGCGGCCCCGUUCUCGGCGGAGGGACCGGCCCCGAGCCGGAGCCGCCGCAGCCGCUGGUCACGCGGGAGCCGUCGGUGUCGCUCAUGCGCUGGGACCGGCCCGCCACCGCCGCCACCUCCGACCGCCGACGUACCGAGCCCGUCUCGCUAGCGACCCUCGAGCGCGACUGCUUCGUGAUACCAGCGCACGCGCUCGAACGCUUCCUGCCUGAUGGCGUACCGAGGCCCGAGAUCCAAAAAGAUAACAAUAAAGCAUUGAAAACCACCUCCGACCGCCGACGCACCGAGCCCGUCUCGCUAGCGACCCUCGAGCGCGACUGCUUCGUGAUACCAGCGCACGCGCUCGAACGCUUCCUGCCUGAUGGCGUACCGGAUAAAAAAGCAUUGAAAACCACCUCCGACCGCCGGCGCACCGAGCCCGUCUCGCUAGCGACGGUCGAACGUGACUGCUUCGUGACACCAGCGCACGCGCUCGAACGCUUCCUGCCUGAUGGCGUACCGGAUAACAAAGCAUUGAAAACCACCUUCGACCGCCGACGCACCGAGCCCGUCUCGCUAGCGACGCUCGAGCGCGACUGCUUCGUGAUACCAGCGCACGCGCUCGAACGCUUCCUGCCUGAUGGCGUACCGGAUAAUAAAGCAUGGAAAACCACCUCCGACCGCCGGCGCACCGAGCCCGUCUCGCUAGCGACGCUCGAGCGCGACUGCUUCGUGAUACCAGCGCACGCGCUCGAACGCUUCCUGCCUGAUGGCGUACCGUCAUCAGCCAAGAAUAACAAAGCAUUGAAAACCACCUCCGACCGCCGGCGCACCGAGCCCGUCUCGCUAGCGACCCUCGAACGCGACUGCUUCGUGAUACCAGCGCACGCGCUCGAACGCUUCCUGCCUGAUGGCGUACCGCUCCCAGUGCCACCCCCAACUCCCGAAAAAGGAGGACUAACGAAGACUGUUCCAAGUUCCCUCAGCAUACUUGAGAUAGCUGACCCCAAGCUCUGUAUAUUGGCUCACCUGAUGAGCCCUUUAGAGCCCAUAGAGCCCAUACUGGAGUCUCCUCUGGCCAAGCCUCUGAUACGGCAGAAGACGGCCGCAGGAGAGCUCCUGAGUGACGUGGCUCAGGCGAACACAGCGGUGGGCGGGAUGCUUCUAGCGAACAUGGAAAAGAACGCGGAGUUUCCAUUCAUAUCUUACUAUGUGAUAAAUACGACACAAACAGAUCCUUUGCUUUUCUACAACAACAUGAGGAGUGCGUCUUUGAACAAGUUUGACCCGAAGACGAUCAGGUACUCGGCUGCGCACACGCUGGAUCUCUACAGCGAAGUGGCGAUGAUAUGCCGGCCGCCUUUCAACGACCUCGCCGGGGGACCCAAGAAGUCGCAUACGCCUACCACUGGCUUCAUUAUUAGCGUUUAUAAGGUCUUCGAAGGCGACGACGGCGAGCGUUUCGAGAGGAACUGGCUGUACUGGACCGGCGCGCGAAUGUUGUAUCGGCAUCUACCCCACUCUGUGGGCAUGAGGAAGAUAGCUUUGCACAAAUCCGUAGCCUCUCAUGGCGACAAAAUGUACUUGUUGGUGUGUGAGUGCGCCAACUUGCUGGACGACUUGUCAGGCGCCUCCAUGUUGGUGACGGCUCUCCGCGCGCGUUUGUGUGGGUAUACCGGGCUAUACCGGCCUAUACAGACGUUCUAGUAGAGGGAUGGCCUGAAGGCCAAUAGGUAUGUCCGAGGGCACUUGAGGAUCAAGUUUUGUAAGUUUUGAGAUUAAUUGUACCGUCAUUUGAAUGCCAACCAGUGCUAAAGUUAAUUUUAAAAUUUCGCGUUGCACAAUUUAAUUAAUUUAUACAGGUUUUAACGCGAUACGCGGAUAGGUAAUAUUGAAAUAUUACCUAUAUUUGCCUGACGUUUCGACCGCGUUGCACGGGCCGCGGUCACAGGCUGACUGGAGCGUCGAGUGCGCAAUCCGUAUGGUGGGUAGAAUCAUCUAAUUCUACCCCCUUAAUAUUGCCCAAGUUAAAACAUUCGUCACAAUGUGAUGUAUAUGAUGAUGAAGAUAAGUGUUUUACUUUUAAGACUGUUAUCGUUUUCAAGAUUAAAGUUAAUACAAAUAAUGUUCUUUAUCUAAGCAGAAAUUGGGCAACAUGUCUGAAAUCUAAAAAAUGUAAAUGUCUUUUUUGUUGUGGUAUUGACCUGUGUAAACUAUGUACCUACAACCUUUAAAAGCAAUUUUCAGCAGAACUCGUUAAUUUACAAUAAUUUAUUAUGCUUUGAUGAAAUAAACUUACGUGCCUAACAACUUUCAAAUCCUAAGCAAUAAAAUUAGUAAGUACAGUCACUGAAAAAUGUUUUAGCCAUUUUUCAUUUAACUACGCGGGCUUAGUUAAAAUUCGAAUACGUGACCAUAUUCAAGGCCUUUACGCAAAAUAUAAUUAUGUAAAAGAUCCUCAAGUGUACCAGCAGGUCUCAAUUCAAAAUUGUUCAUAGAGCACAAGUUGUGAACAAAAUGGACCAAAAUAAUAUAUUUAAUGGUAAGAAAGCUGAAAAAUGUAUGAUUGGUAACAAACGAAUGAUUCGAGCCGACGUGUUCCACUCCUAUAGGAGAUAACUUAGAGUAAGAUUUACAAUCUUUAAUAAAUUCAGAUUUUAAUUACUUAAGUAAGUGAACGCAAUAAUGAUGCUUUUCUUUCGUCUUAAAAUUUUCGUCUGUAAUGAAUCGAAUUCCACUCGAUGCUUUUUGAGACUUGGCUAUAAAAUGUUGACAAUCAAUAACUUAGAAUCUCAUAAUAUGUUAGGAUUACUGUUUUUCAUGCACACUUUUCCUUUAGAGUUUAAAUGCAGACUAUAAUUUGCCUAGUGGCUACGUCACCGGCGAAUUUGACUGCGUAGGUACAUCUAAAUCUAAAGGUAUAAGCUUACACUAAUAUGUGGCGUGUACUGUGUGCAGUACAUUUGUAGGGAUACUGGUCCAGCAAACCUGGAUAUUCUCGAUUGGUCACACAUUUCUUUGUUUCAUACUACGUUUUAUUCGUCACAAGUAACAAAAAUAUAAAAAAAAUACGAAUUUACAUGUACUUUUUUGUUUUGUGACGAAUAUUCGACUCGACUUUUGGCAAAUCGAAGAUACACCCACGCCACUUAGCAAUGUGUGUUUACCUAAAAUCGUGCACGCUUAUAUUUAGACUUUUCCCGACAUAUUUUCCUUUCGAUUGUCUCACUGCCAAGUUCAGAAUGAAGAAUUGACAAUAAUUAUUUAUUUGUCUUUUGAUGUGUAAGUGCGGUUUAAGUAUCAUAAGUUGUUUUAAAAUACAUUGUAAAGUGUUGGUUUAUGCUAAAACAGAACCUUAUUACAAUGAGUGUCAUUACAAUGAGUCAUCACUCUUAAAAAUCUUAAUCCUUCUGCGGAAUCAAAAAUUCUAGGCUUAUUUGAUUAUUAUUGUAAUAAGGUUUUACUUACCAGAGGUUAUUAAAGAUCCUCAGCAGGUUUAUAAAGAAGCUAUGUUACUGAUAUUUCUAUAGAAAGUAUGUCGUAAUAUUGCUUGUCUUCCAAAAGAGAAGAGUACAACAUAUACGUUCUGUUUAUUUUCGAUCCAGUUUUACUCGUAGUUCCUUACAUAUCUUGUGAUACAUAUCAUUCUAUAUAUUUGUUUCAUAAGAAUAUAUUUUUAACAUAUACGCACCAUUUCAUAUUGUAACUUUAGUACAGUCGCAUCGAAUAUUACCUACUUAACAAAUGUCUUGCUUUGUAUUAUUAGUUUGUAUUUUAUUUUAAAAAUGUAAAAAUCAGACAUUAUUUUUUAUUAUUGUAAUUACUUCUUACUUGAAAAAAGGGUUCAUAAAAUUAAAAGUAUGACGAAUAGUCUGUACGCUAAGCAGGUACAAUCUUUAUAGAAAAUCCGUGACAAUGGGGCGGUAUUUUAUGUAAGAAAUAAUUACAAUAUUACUUAUGUAAUUUAGCAUUAUGUUUUUCAAUAUUAUAAUCUUUAUAGUGUUCGUAAAUUGAAUUCUAAAAAUUUAAUUAUUUUAGUGACAUGAAAUAUUCACGCAACUACUUACUUAGUUAUCAAAAUUGCUUCAUUCGAUGCUAAAAAAGAAUGAAAUCAAUCCAAAAAAUAUUGAAUUAGGCGAAAGUAAAGUUAUUUCAAAGUUUUUUUUAAUUAAAUAUGAACUAGAUGUCUAGAAUUAAUUUUAACUGGAUUGAAACAAAAUAGAUAACAUACCUAAAAUUAUAUUAAAGGUAUCACUUACGUUAUAAAGAACAAAGUGAAAAUAUUAUAAUAAUGACGCUACUGCUUUAAGAUUUUUAUUAAUAGAAAUAAUAAAAAUAAAUAAAGAUAAAAUUUUACUGUAACUUUUUAUGGAUAAAUAUAAAAAGUUCUAUUAUGUAAUUAAUUAUACACUAAAUUAGUUAAUAGAUCUGCACAAAUCAUAAUAUUAUAUUGUUAUUUAUGAAAGUAAAACUAUCUAUGUAAGUCAUGGGUCAAAAAAAAUUUUUGAUGUUACUUGAUACCAAAGAAUGUAAGUAAUUUGUAUUAAAAGAUUCGACAUCUUCCAUGAGGAACAACUUCAUUUAGAAAUCGCAUUGUAUUUUUUUUAAUCUCAUCAAUCAACACUUAUUACAAUUUUCAAAUUAUUAAUAAUAAUCUGCUUCAAUACGGAAAAUAAUAAAAAUUAAGGAAACUGUCUUAUCACGGCCGUAUCAAUGCGAUUUUUAAUUCAAUAAUUAAAAAAAUACAUGUAUUUUGGAUGACCAAGGAUAAUGUAUGAUGUUCAACAUUUUAUUAAGAUUUAAAGUGCGCACAUAAUGUUUGGCUUCUGAAAGUAUGUAAGUUUAUAUUCUGAAAAAUAAGUUUAUCAAAUUAUUAUCAAAUCCUAUCACAUAAAAAAAAAAAAAUAUAUAAAAUACUAUAAUGACUGCAAGUGCCAUAACAAUACAUAUUAUUGUAUUGUCGUAGUCUACUAAAUACAGACCAACAACCAGUCCAUAAUAUCGAAUACCCGGAAAUGUAGCUUUACAACAAUAUACCAUGUAUCUUAAAUUUUUACAGAAUAAAAAGCAAUAGACGUCUUGAUAGCAACUUACCUUAAGAGGCUAGUGGGUUGAAUUAAUAUGUUUGAAAAAGUUGUUAAAGCUACAUUUUAAAAAUUGUUAUUAUAGUUUAUUUGCUAUGGUGCUAAUUCUAGUCAAUUUAUAGAUAACUAAACAGAAAGCUUGCAAUAUACGUGUAUAAACAAUUAAUAUAAUUUUUAAAUCCACGUUAUUUUUAAUUUCUUAUUAUGGAUCAAAUAAAAUUAUAAUAGAAUGUCGCCUUUUUUAGUGAUACUCAAAAGUGGACUUUUACUAUAGAAAUCUGCGUUUACGUGAUCAAAGUCUCGCAAUACAUUUUUAUGGGUUUAACAUUACAUUUUACAUCUUUGAUUGAUUAUUUUUUAAUAAAUAUACCUACAAGUUGCCUGAAUUCAUAAAGUAUCACUACUAGAACAUAUUAACACCAAAUAGUUCAUUGAUUUGUAUUUGUACUUGCUUAAUAUAAACUUUAAAAUCCUAUCAUAAAAUGCUUGAAUAGUAUAAAAACUUUACCCAAAAUAAAUUCCUACAAUACCAUGGAAUGACAACUGUUAAUAUAGGUAGGUACAGUUUUGUAUGAGAACUUUGCAUGACUUGUGUAAAAAGGAAUCCUCAACAAAACAAGAGUUUAUACCUUUAUUAUAUUUGUAUAUUCCAAGAUAUUAAUAAAUAAUGAUAAUAGCCGGCAACAACGAAAAAUAAAAUCGAAAAGAAUGUAUAACUUUUGCUGUUAAGUGUACCUAAAAGUUUAAGGAUAUUCGAAUGCAUUUUAGAAAAUUUACGCGAUUUUAAUUCUAUAAUAGUUAAUUGAAUGCAUUCGAAUAUCAGAAUGAUUUCAUAGUUUUGUCAGAAUACAAAAAUAGAGAACGGAAUUUAGAUGUUAAAUAUUUUAUUAUGGGCUAAUACUAAUAUAGGUGGUUUCGUUGUUUAGCUUAUAAAGCUAGUUUGCAAUAAGGGCUAAGCUCCUUGCAUAGAAUUAAUAGAUUGUUUAAUUGAAUUUCAAUUAUAUUUGUAAUAAAAUGAUA